AAUACAUGGACUUCCAUGGACCUCCACUGGAGUGUGGCUAGGGUGUCUGUGUGGAUUUCUGUGCUCCUCUGUAGCUUUAAAAGGCAGAUCCCUUCAGCCCUGUCAGCUCCUCCCCUCUCACUCCCUACAUGACGUCAUCGUGGCUUCCCCUGCUGCCUGGACAAAUGAUUAGAGGAGUUGCUCUGCACACGUUUUUUUCUUCCCUCUCUCUCUGCCUCUCACUCCGCUGUGCUCUUCAUUACUGGAGUGACGGCGGCCAAGGGAGCUUGUCAGCCCUCUCUCUCUCUCUCUCUCUUUCUCUCCCCAUCUCUUUCUCCCUCUCCCACUCCCUUCAGCGCCAGCAGAGAUGUAGUCCUCUCUCCCUUUCCCCCAAACUUCAGUACCCUCUCUGACUUUCAGCGGCUGAGUGACCUUUCCUGCUCUUUCCUCUUGGCUUUUUUUCCCUCCAACAAAAACUCACCUGUCACCUGACCUAUGGAUCUUCUUUGAGCUUCUUUUUGAGGUUUCUUUUUUUUUUGUGAGGUUGGCCUGACUUGUCUUCUUUUGAUUUCUCUCCACUCCUGUCCGUCGGCGAGGACCAUGGCCAUGAAGGAGACCAUCCUGCCCAUCAGUGAGGUGUCCGGCCCGUGCCCCUUCCCGGAGGUGGUGGAGCUGAACGUGGGUGGCCAGGUGUACGUGACCAAGCGCUCCACGCUGGUGAGCGUGCCGGACACCACGCUUCACGCCAUGUUCACGCGCUGCGCGCCACGCGAGCUCCCCCGCGACUCCCGCGGCCGCGUCUUCAUCGACCGCGACGGCUUCCUCUUCCGCUACGUGCUGGACUUCCUGCGCGACCGGCAGCUGGUGCUGCCCGAGCACUUCCCCGAGCGCGAGCGGCUCCAGCGCGAGGCGGAACACUUCCAGCUGGCCGAACUCCUGCGUCUGCUCGGGCCCCGUGUCUCCAAGCAGGGCUCCAUGAACGACGAAGGCUGCCAGAGCGACAUCGAGGAGAGCUCGCAGAGCAGCGAGCAGCCUGGACGCAACGCCCUGUCCUCCACCAACACGGCCUCCGCCAUGACCAACUUGCCGGCCACCAGCUCCACCCCGGACAAGAGGUCCGGCUUCAUCACCAUCGGUUACCGGGGCUCGUACACCAUGGUGCGGGACAACCAGGCCGACGCCAAGUUCCGGCGUGUGGCGCGCAUCAUGGUGUGCGGGCGCAUCGCCCUGGCCAAGGAGGUGUUCGGCGACACGCUCAAUGAGAGCCGGGACCCCGACCGGCCACCCGAGAAGUACACAUCACGCUUCUACCUGAAGUUCACCUACCUGGAGCAGGCCUUCGACCGACUCUCCGAGUCGGGAUUCCAGAUGGUGGCGUGCAACUCCACCGGGACGGCCGCCUUUAUCAACCAGUACAGGGACGAUAAGAUCUGGAGCAGCUACACUGAAUACAUCUUCUUCAGGCCCUCCAUGAAGACAGUCUCGUCGCCGAAGCAGGACAGCGGCGAAGAGCCCAAGUCGGACAAGAUGCCCGACAAGGGCAGCGAGAGCGGUGCCUCGCUCAACGAGCUCUCCACCUCCAGCUCGGAGACGCACUCGGAGGCCACGUCGCCCCAAGAUGCCCCGCUGGCCCUGGCCCAGGUGCUGAGCGUGGGUGGCUCGCCCGCUGCCCCCUGCGGUGCCCUGCACUCCGUCUCGCGGCCACCCAGCACGCUGACGCUUGGCCGCCCGCCCAAGAAGGGCUCGUCCGUGCAGUGGAUGGAGCUGCCCAAGGAGGACCUGCAGGACAAGCGGCGCAACAGCGAGCUCUUCCAGUCGAUGAGCAGCGGCGUCGGGGGAGCAGGGCUGAGGGAGGGCCGGGGUGGGGGCGGCCUGGGCCGCAGGAGGGCCACCGAGAGACCCAAUGCCGAGGAGGAGAUGAAGCAGUGCAUCAGGGACUUCAACAACAUCAAGAUCCCACCCACGUUCCCCGAGCGCAAGAGACAGUGGCAGUCGGAGCUGCUGCAGAAGUACGGCCUAUAGAACAGAGCCUCAGGACUACAGGGAGAACAGGAAGAGACCUGAAUAGAAACAGAUAGGAACAAGAGAGAGGAGAACAUUGGUGUCUGAGAGUUCCUCUUGUCCAGUGUUCCAUUCAUGUGACUGGGACUUUUUUCUUUCUUGCUUGUCAUGAUUUUGAACUUUCUUCUAGGCACAAGUGGAGUUCCGACAUGAUAACCACUUUUUCAAGUUCCUCUGGUCACGGAGUGGGAGUUUUAGAAAAACGUAGAAAAGUACCCUAGUUCCAUUUCACUUAUUAAGCUCCAACACUGACAGGACUGUAUUGAGCAUACUUUUUACAAUAUUCUGGAGGAUUGACCCUUUCAAAGCAUAGAGCAGGGAGGGUUUUUUUGUUGAAAGAGUAGAAAUUGCCUGAGAGCGAAUAUCUUCUGACAACUUUUCAGAGAACCCAGAAUUAUGCCUCGAGGCCUCCCUACUAGCAUCAGACAGCUACUGCAGAGAAACCUCAGCUCACAGCACUGCAGACGCCAAUGUCUUGGUCCCAUCAGACUACCAGAGCCGAUGUCUUGAGUUCCACUCAACUUCAAACGGGUGUUUCAACUUCUACAGGGCAGACGGAUUGGUCUGUUUCUGUCAUAAGAUGUAGAUCGAGUACAGACCACUCUUAGAACAGGUAUAGAACAGGACACCUCAAUCACUUUAAAGCACAAAACACGUAUGGACUGCAUUUUCUAGAGAACUGGGCAUGAUUUUGAAACCUAGGAGUGUUUUGGCUGUCAUGGAAAAAGGUCAGGUUCACAUUUCUGUGACAGCAGCAUGACAAGCUUAGCUGAUGGAGGUGAGAUUGUGGAGUGCGUGGAGAAACUGUUGACAAUGAGCCAGAGCAUCAGUGAGCGCUGUGAGGACUCUUAAGUCUCCAGGCACCUCACAGACUGCUCCUCUUGGUCAGCCACGAGACCGUCAGACAUAGCAAAGAUAAAUAAGUGUUUCUGAGUCACAUGCCGUGACUACUAGUGUUAUCAGACGUAUAUGACGACUGUGUGUUUAUUUAUUAACUUAUUAUUCAUUCAUUUAUUUAUUUAUUUAUUUCUGCAGAAGUAUUUGAUGAUGUUGAGAUAGGUCUGUCCAUUAAUGGCUGUACAUGUUUGUCCAUGUUUAUUUAUCUGUUGAGACAGACAUUGUUUUUUAUUUUGAGGUGUUUUCAUAUGUCACAGUAGUGCCCGUGAUGUAUUACUGAGAAUAGAAAGACAUAUAUGAUCAUGACAUUGUGUGAUAUGAUUUAUGUAAUACUCAAUGAGAAAAAGAGAGAAAGGGAGGAUGGGAGGGACAGCAUUUUAUCCAACUUGUCAUUUGGUUCUAUCCAGUAGCUCUUAGCUUCUUAUUCAGAUUUGGCUUGGUUUGAAGAAUAAUCAUUGUUAACAACACUGUUACAGUAACAACAGCCAUAGCCAUUUAGGCCAGUCCCAUAUUUAAAUUCAAGCACACUUCAUUAAGCUAAUCAAAACAGGACUGAUUUGCUGCUUAUCUGAAUUGUCUGAAUGAGGCAGGUCAAUAGGAGGCUGCAAGAAAAAAAAAACUCUCCUGUAGUAUUGAAGCUAUGAUUUUAGGAGCUAAUCAAACCAUAUAAUAAUGCAGUUGCAAUCAUACUUACGAAUAUAUUGUAUAACAGAAUCAGCUUAGGUUGACAAAAUUGGAAACUAUUUUAGGUACCUUGUUGUGCAAUAUUCAUUAUUUUAUGUUAUUUGUAACCAUACAAUGAAACAAUGUGGCAUACUUUUACAAGUAAUCAUUUCAUAGACACAUUGUUUCUAAAUAACAUACAUAAAAUGAAAAAUGUGUGCAUAAAGUCAGCACAAUCUGCAAUGAAUUUCUUGCUCGACUGCAAUGCUGGAGGCAGGGCCAGAUCAGGACUGGCAAAGUACCCAAGGAAAAGAGCCAUCUGAGAGAUGCCUAGAACCCAGACAAGGUGCUCAUAGAACCCUGUUAAGACCAUAAGCACACAUAUAGACAUUACUGGCCAAUGCACAAGCCUAAUGUUCCCCAUGCUGAAUGUGACACGAGUGCUUCUGUUCUGCUGUACGUGUAAAACAGAUGCUGAGAGUACGAUUUAAGACAUGUGCUUCAGUCCGUUGUUAUCAGUUGUUUGUUUGUUUGUGUUAGUUUGUUGUUGAUUUGAUCCUCUGUCCAGUAAUAAAAG